AUGGCUGGACGGGGCCGCAGCGGUAGCAACGCUGACCAGUCAUCCACAACGACCACCGAAGCCCACUUGAAAGGCACGCGCCGGAAGAUUUCUCUCGUUUUCAUCACAGUCAUUCUUAAUAUACUGCUUUGGAGCGCUAUCAUUUGCAUCGCAGCAUCCCUCUAUCAGAUCAUCUCAGAUCCAUUUAAUACUUCAAGCUACGCCCAAGUGGCUUUAACGAUAAUAUCGGCCCUAGUGACGAUUGGAUACACCAUCUUUCAUUCAAUUCUUUCACUGAAGCAGAAGCUAUGGGAACAACAACGGCGAUAUUCGGUCGCUAUGAAAAGGAAUUCUACUGUUCCUACUCGUAUAGCAGGAUCAAUGUGUGCAUUCUGGUUGCUGACUUCCGGCUGGGACAUGAUACUGGUCGCAAGCACACCUGUCUGUUUACCAAUGGCGCCAGGGCUGGACAGCUCGGAAUAUGGCCUCACCUGUCAUAUUAGUCGUGUGGGAAUAGCUUUUGCGGUAAUCUCACUUACUGCGUCAAUUGCCCUCUUGGGUAUUCUCGCUGGUAUUGGCCGUCCGUUCGAAGCGCAUUUGCUCAACCACGGUUACCAGCCGCCAAUCGAAGUGUACUCAAAACCCUAUACUCCCGGACCAUCUGAUUCGGAGGUUGUCAUGUAUCAAUCUCAUGAGUAUUUCGAGAGGCCAAAGUCUUUGCAUGAGAUUAAAGUCCCCAACCCUUCGGACGCUGAUUCAGAUUUGCCCAAUCCAGAGGAUGCUCUGCUACGCGCAAUCAUGUCACCUCCUUAUACAGUGUUUUCUCCCCGAAGAGGCUCACUUGCAAACUCGUCGCGAUCUUUUGUAUCUGGUAUAAUCCCAGGCUCCACACGGCAAUCAUUACCUGCGCACUUUUCGACAGAGACAUGGCGCGUUGCCCAUCCCAACCCAGCGUCACUAUCACUAUUGGCUCAUUCUCAUCCCGAAGUUGUUAACCGCAGGUUUUCCUCCUAUCAGAGUUCUUAUUCUCGCCAUUCGAUGACACUCACUCGCCCACAGCGCCUGAGCUAUCAUUCAACUGCUCCAAGUGUUCGUUCACAAUCUGAACAUACAAACUCAGAUCGUCGAAGUAACUCGUUAACGAGAGGCAAUUCAAGUGAAAUAGCGCGUGCCUUCAUGCAAGGUCUACCUAUGCCCGCACCUGCCCAUCCCGCUAACCACCCUCGCAACAUCCGCAUAACAACUACCCUCGAUACCGGAUCCGCUCAAAAGCAGCUGCACCGUAUGAGCGCUCCCCUCCCAACCAACACCACACAAGACUCUCCACCCGUAUUCCCCAACCCAGACAGACCUUACAUCCGCAGCGCCUCCCCAGGCUUCCUCAGCUUCUUCAGUCCCGACACCAGUCCUGUCGACACCUCCCCUACGGACGCCAGCCUCCCAACCACCACCCUCACCCCCACCACCAACAAACCCAAGCACAACAUCCCACGCAAACCUGUCCCACUCUCCCGCCGCCCUUCGGAAGCCGCAAGAGCUAUGUUCAGCAACAUGCCUGAGGACUUACCGAUUCUUCCGCGAUCGCCCAGAUCGCCCAGAUCCCCCGGUGCGACGAUGCUGGUUAUGAUGACGCAUGGGCCUGUCAAGCAGAAGAGGAUGAGUGUGUAUGAGGAGGUGAAGAACAAACCAUUGCCCCGGAUUGCGAUUUUAUAG